AUGAAGAAACUAGGAGUGGGAAUAUCUUUGCGAAAUAUGGGCGCAAUGGCCAAACCAGAUUGUAUCAUCACUUGUGAUGGCAAAAACCUCACCAUAAAAACUGAGAGCACUUUGAAAACAACACAGUUUUCUUGUACCUUGGGAGAGAAGUUUGAAGAAACCACAGCUGAUGGCAGAAAAACUCAGACUGUCUGCAGCUUUACAGAUGGUGCGUUGGUUCAACAUCUGGAGUGGGAUGGGAAGGAAAACACAAUAACAAGAAAAUUGAAAGAUGCAAUCAGUGAUGGAUUGUGUCACGAACAAUGUCACCUGUACUCGGAUCUAUGA